GGCGAGGCGUCAGCGCAGGGACGAGAUCCAAGAGGUCACCGACACUAUUUAAAAACUGCACGGCAAAUGCAGACAGAGGCUGGGAAGGGAGGACAGCGAGCAGUGAGGUAGCCUUCCAGGUAGCCAGCCAGGAAAAAUGUCAUCUCAUCUUCCUCUUGGACGUCUCCGUAGCCAGCGCGGAUCUCCAAGAUGCCCCAUCCAGAUCUAAAAAUGUCCCUGAAGCUCCCUCGAUUUGGGAAAUCAUUCAGUCCGAAGAAGAUUCCUCCGCGGAAAUCAGCAUCGUUAUCGAACCUUCACACAUUGGACCGUUCCACACGGGAAUUAGAGUUGGGUCUUGAAUAUGGACCUCCUUCAAUGAACAUUGGAGGACAGACGUUGAAAUUUGAGGAUGGACAAUGGAUAUCAGAAUCAGGGGGACAUGUAUCAGUUCGAGAAGUCGAGCGACUUAAGAAGAAAAACUUGCAGCUGGAGGAAGAGAACAAUACCCUGAAAUUGAAGAUAGAAAUUCUUAUUGACAUGCUGACAGAAUCGAUGGUUGAGUACCACCUGAUGGAGAAAGAAGUGGAGGACAUAAAGUCUCAACAUUAAAGAAAUGAAAACGUGAUGUAAUGUCUUCCUCAUAGGAAGUUUUUACGUAAAAUGGUGUAUUUUCUUCACUACAUUAUAGACAAAGAUUUAUGUGUGUAUAAAAGUCAAGUCUAAGAUUAUUCGUAUCCCAGUGCUAUGAAUAAAUUUGGGCAUAACUCUAUCUAGUCUAUUUGCAACGAUGAUAGGCCUGCAGUCAUAUUUUGCAGAUUUUUUAAAUUUCCUAUUGUAUAUUCAAUAUUGAUCUUUUGGACAAAUGUUUUUUUAAUUCAUCCUUACAUUAAAGUGAAAACUGUAACAAUCAAA